UUAAUUUGCGUUAUAUGUUUAACAUGCCUUUACAAUCUUUUACAUCAAAACACGAAUGGCACGUUCCUAAUUGCCUUUCUGGCGACCGCUUCAUUCCUCUCCGAUGUCUGCUCAAUACAGAAAAUUUUCGUUAUGCCAAGGCAUUAUCACAGACCCAACAAGAGGAAGACAUCUUGAAACAGGAUAUCACCAGCGUCUGCCUUGAAGAGUAUAGGAAGAAUCUGCAGUUUGCUUUAAACCUUGGCACUCCCCAUUCUCGGCUGUUAAGGUUUUCCUGUUCGUCUCCAUCGACAGAGUUACCACUCAAACAGGCUUAUCACUGGCCUGUCAGAUGUCGAAAACGCCCACUCAUAAAACAGCCUCAUCAUUUAUUGGAUUUACCAAACUUCAGAUAUAAUUUUUUUCUCAAUCUGCUAGACUGGGGGCCUUCGAAGUACUUAGCCGCUGCCCUCUACAAUUCCGUUUACCUCUACGCUAAUGGAGAGAACACAAUUGAGCUCACUGCCUUUACAGGUAGCUACUGUUCGGCAGUCAAAUGGGAUUCUAAUGGAGAGACAUUGAUAGUAGGAACAAAUAAUUCUGUAAUUCAGGUAUGGAAUACGGAAAGCAGAAAACUUCUGGAAGAAACAGUCUGUAACUGUACGAGUACAUUAUCUAUCAGUUGCGCUAUCAAUGCUCUCGCGUGGCAUCCCAGUAACACAUUAUUUGUAAGUGGUUGCUCAACUGGAACUCUGCUUCUGAUUCCACUUUCAUCCUUCCAACUUGAGUGCGAACAGAUAUCUAUUUUACGUGCACACAAAGGUCAGAUUUCCAGUCUGCGAUGUUCUCCGGAUGGUCGCUUCCUGGCGUCGUCAGGUGAAGACAGUGCAGUCAGACUCUGGCACUGGCCCCAUCUAACACCAGGAAUGGAAAUUACGAGCUUCGAUGACCCAGUACGAACUAUGGCGUGGCAUCCAUGGAAACCCUCGUACUUGGUCAUUGGGGGUAGCAUAAGCGGAUCUAUCACUUUAUGGAAUGUUAAUAAAUACACUCAGGAGGCUCGUAAGACGUUAGAUUCUUCAGCAGUUCUUUGCAGUUUGGAAUGGAGUCCAAUUACGGGAGAACUUGUAGCUGGAAUCUGGGUUCCGGGUGAGCAGGGACUAUUGGGCCGAUCUGUUCUUGUGGUUUUGGCAACACUGAACAAGGUUGUCGACAGAUUGGACUAUUAUGCCGGCCAAAUCUACUAUCUCCUGUGGAGUCCAGACGGCAAACAAAUCGCUACGGUUGGCUCUGAUGAAACGCUUCGAAUCUGGUACUUCCUUGGACCAUCAUCAGCGAGGGAAAAGGAUAUUUGGAGGUUCUUAAAACCAGUGGUUCCUGCUACUUUUAGCAUGUCACUGUGUAACAAAAGAAAGAAAGUGGGUGAAAGUUGUCACGCGUCAACAAACGACAAAGGAAAACGAAGUUCAUUUAAAAAGGAAGAUGUUUUCAGUAUACACAACAACAGUUUUGGCUGCGUAAUUCGUUAAAUAUUAUUGAAUUAAUUAUGUAAUUUAAUGUAAAUGUUUUCUUUUUAAUUUGUCUCGAUACGGAGUAUGACUAGGGCCUAAUACGAGUCCGAACGACUAUUCUACGGCUCUAACUUUCUAAUUUUUUUAUAUAAUUCUAUGGUCAUUUUAAAUAUAAUUACCAGACCAUGCAAUGUACAGUUUUAUAUCACGAUACUCGUCAUUAAAUAACAGUUUUCUCGUAAA